AUGCCAAAGGCAACCGCGAAGGCAAAGUGUCUCCCCAAAGCACAAGUCUUUAGUCAAAGGCAUGGAAGUCGAGGUCCGAGCCGUCCGAGCCGUGGACUCUCUGGACCCCCACGUAGGGCCGAGUUCCAACGUGCUGCCACCAGGAUCCAGGCGCGGUUUCGUGGCAUUCUCGGGCGGAUCCUGGUUGCUCAAAAGCGAACUCGGCUGGAGCAAGAGAGGGCAGAGGAAGAGCACCGCCGCCGCACCGAAGCAAAGCGCGAAGCAGCACAAGAGGCACGACGGCAGGCAGCACAGGAUGCUCAAGCGCGGGCAGCACAAGAGCGAGACGAGAAGCUGCGGGCGCUGCGGGACAGGCGGUGCACACUCGAACAGAUGUGUCAAGGCCUGCCAUCACAUCAUAUGGACUGGGAGGAAUCCCCUGCCAGACUGCUCGAACUUUUAGAAAAGACUGUGGGCAUUGGCAGGCUGGCUUUGUGUGAAGCUUGGUUGGGAUGCCAUUCAGAGCGACGGUCGGCUAGAAAACGAUAUUUGUUGCUGACGAGAAAGUGGCACCCCGACAAGUGGGCCGUACAAGGCGAGCGUUGCGUCUCCAUAGCAACGGAGGUGGCAAAGCAGCUCGUAAGGGCAUAUGAGCAGGCAUGCAAGGAGCUGCCAAACGCGGUGCCUCCUUCCACCACCUGUGCUGCACAAGAGGACAACGACGAGGAUCGUGAAUGCUACGAGUUUGCCAGUUGGGUUGGUAUUUCUUUCAAAGGCAUGGAAGAUGUAUGGAAGGAAAGGCGGGGCGUCAAGCGAUGA